CUGAAUAUUAUUGCACAAAUGAAUUGAAUAUGAUGUUUGCUUGAGUUCAAACGAGUCAAACUCUUAGAUAUCCCCAAUCCAAGGUUUAUCAUUUUCACAGUUUCCUUUCAACAGUUUGUGUAAUGGUGGGGGAGAGGGACACACUUUUAAUACCCAAUACUUACCAUUGGUCGAAGAUCGAAGUAAUAAAAUUCAAUCAUUAAGAAUUAUUUGCAUUUUUCGUACAUUUCGCCGCACGCACCCAAUAUUAUUCAUCAUUCAGACUGUGUGAAAUUUUCUCAUCUGAUAUGACAAAGAUGAGCAAAGACAAAAAAAGAAAACGAAUUUAUGACGAUGAUGAAAAAUGUGAAAUUAUAAGUGCUUCCAUUUUCAAAAUGAUCGCUUCGAGUGAUAACGAAGAUUUCAUAAAAGACUGUCACCGAAUACUUCAGGCAAAAAAUAGAAAUCAAGUAAAGAACAAAUUAAAAAACAAAUUUAUGGAAGUUAUCGCAAAUAGGAAGUCUGAAGUUUCUUCGCAAUCGAGCAGCCAAGAACUGGACGAUCCGGUGGAUUCAUUAUUAGAAAGUACCGGAAAUUUUUUCCCAUAUGAAGACGAACUAGAGGGAUUCGCUGAUUGGGAAAAAUUGUAAUAUAAGAAAGAAAAGUACAAAUACACUCCGUACUUCAUUUCGGUUUAAUAUCUUCUGGCUUUCCAGUAGCUUUCGACUGUAUUCCAACUUCGGCCAACGUUUUAACUAAUUCUCCCGUUUGAUGCAUCUUUAACAAAAUAUCACAACCGCCGAUGAAUUCUCCAUUGAUAAAUAUCUGCGGUAUCGUUGGCCAACCGGUAUACUCUUUCACACCUAUGAGUUAGAAUGAUAUAAGUAACUGGUAUAUUUAAUACAAUUUCAAUACAAAUAUCUCUCAAUUUUACCUUGUCUUAAUGGAUUUUUAUCCAAUACGUCAUAGGCAUCAAAAUUAACACCAUGCAUGCGAAGUAUUUGGACUACUGCAUUGCUAAAACCGCAAGAAGGUUCUUCUGGCAGACCUUUCAUGAACACGACAACUUUACUUUUUUUCACAAGUCCUUCAAUUUCUUCUUUCGGGGCAGUUUCUGAGCUAGAAACAUUUC